AUGCAUGCCCCCAAUGCCCUCAUUGCUACACUAGCCGUCAUGGUUGGCGUCACCUAUGCCUCUACCGCCAAGACUACGUUUGGCUUUACCGAGGGAAACCCUGGGUGCGUUGUCUCCGUGACAUCCGAAUGCAACCUGGGCUGCAGUUCUAUCGUAAUUCUCGAUGAGGAGAAGGGCUGUCACGAACUCACCGAGUCCAUCACCCGUCCUGCUUGCACUGGCAAAGUCACGAUAGACUCUACUGCUACUCCAGUCGUUGCCCGGUUUGUUGAGGACGAAUGCUCGGCCGAGUGCAUUAUCGAUGACGACACAUGCACCACCCCUGCUUAA